GUAAAGGUAUGGUUGAAGGAAUCAAGGGAGGACCCCAGCGACACAUAAACUCGCGGGAUAUCCAGAAAACGGAUGGACGAAACAAGCUAAUUGAGUUGCUUACUCCCUGAUCAAUCAAUGGCGACCGUUCUACCUUCAUCGAUAUCUUCAUACAAACUCUUACAUUCUUCAAACGAUAAUCUUCUCACAAAUUCCACUUCCUGUAUCUAUCCUUCUUCUCUCACCAAUGCCAGAAAGCGCCCCGUCCUCUGCUUCUCAUCCAAGAAGAAAGGAAAACCGGGUUUUUUCGACGUUAUUCUCGACUACAUCGAAGGGGGGCCAAAGUUAAGGAAGUGGUAUGGGGCACCUGAUCUUUAUGCAGAUGAUGGAUCCAAUUUGGAGGAAGCAGAUAAAUCUUCGGAAGAAGAUGAAGUCCGGGAUGCAGUUUUGGUAACUGAUGGUGAUAACGAGAUUGGUCAGACUAUUAUACUGUCUUUAAUUAUCAAACGAAUUAGAGUUAAAGCACUUGUGAAGGACAAGCGUGCCGCAAUGGAAUCAUUCGGUACUUAUGUUGAGUCAAUUUCCGGAGAUCCAAAGGAUUCUUCUUUCUUAAAGAAAUCGCUAAAAGGUGUUCGUGCAGUUAUUUGUCCCAACGAAGGUUUUCUAUCAAAAGCUGAGAGCUUGAAGGGGGUACAACAUGUGGUUAUAUUAUCUCAGUUGUCUGUUUAUAGAGCAAGUAGUGGUGUUCAAGCAAUGAUGAGCAGUAAUGCAAGAAAUCUUGCUGAGCAAGAUGAAUCCACGGUAAUCGCGUCGGGAAUUCCAUACACUAUAGUCCGAACUGGGGUGCUAACUAACGAUCGCGGGGGCAAGCCAGGUUUCAGUUUUGAAAAGGGUUGUACAACAAAUGGAAGCCUUAGCAAGGAAGAUGCCGCAUUCAUAUGCAUCGAAGCUCUUGAUGUAGUGCCAGAAAAAGAACUGGUAUUCGAGGUGAUCUGUGUGAUCCAGGAAAAGUGCAGUAAAGCACUAUCAAGCUCAGAGAAGUGGCUCAGUGUAAAUAAAUGAAUAAAACGUGUUUUGAAAAAUAAAGAUUUCUAUGUGAAAUCAACUUAUUGUAAAUUAUGGGAUUUAUCCCUUAAACUUUGUGUAAUAUAUUAAACGAGCAUAUUUCACGGAUAAAAGAUCCUGUUAUAAAAAGACUUCCGCUGCCGCAUUAAUUAAA